CCAAAGCCUCACACUACUCCUGUGUCCCUGUUGGGAGGGAAGAGUACUCCAUCCCACAGUUGUGCCACCAACAGGCAGUUUCCAAGGACGUGGAUUUUUCUUGUAGCUCCAAGGUUCAGAGCAAUACCUCGCUUUGAGAAGAAGACUACAUCCCCUUUACAGUGCCAAGACAUCCAGCUGAGAGGAAAGUGUACAAGGUAUUUAAGAGAAACUCCCAAUCCCUAUUCCAAUUUGUGUCGUGAGUAUCUGGCUGUGGCAGAGAUGAGGGGCCAUAACACAGUGUCUUGUGUGCAGAAUGUUUGCUAGGUUCAAUAUUUGGCAUCUCCAGUUAAAGGGAUUAAAUACUAGAUGAUGGGAGAGAUGCACUGUCUCAUUCUCUGGAGGGAUGCUGCCAGUCAGAUCAGGAAAUGCUGGGUUCAAUGGACCAACAGUUUGGUGUAAGGCAGUUUCAUAUAUUGUAUUUAUGUUGUUUCUACCUAUGAGGGGAACUCAUCUUCAACAUACUAUUUCCGUUGCUCCAUCAACGCAACCAUUUCUGCUUUCCAGGUGGAACAGUCCACCUCUCCUCCCCUUGUGUGUUGUUCUGAAGGUUUUUCCAGCCCCCCAGAGUGAAUAAGAGGGUAGCACUGGGAGGUUAAAGGCCCCAUUGCACUAACAGGAGGCAUUGGAUUGGCUUCACCUAGCACACUGGUUUAGUUGAAUCUAGCCCAAUGCCUCUGAGUUCUGUGAAGAAACAAACAAUGCUCUAUAUCCAAUACCAGAAAUAGUCUAUUUGAUUGGAAAAUUAAAAGCGUGGUGCUUUGAGGCCCUGUGUAUGGCUUGAACUUAGUUGGUGUGGUCUUGGGCAAUUUACUUGAGCCUUAGCAUUAUUCUGCAAAAGUGAUGUUAUACUGCAGUAUCAGAUGCAGGUGCAAAGGAGUAAUUCAGGGGAUAAGAUCCAUAUGUCUCCACAUUAGCCAACCAAUUGACUCAAGCAAAGCUCAAAGGCCUGGCCCUGCGCUUUGUCCCCAGCAUCUGGUACUCAGCAAUAUGUUACCUCAGAGCAUGGAGCUCCAUUUAAUGAUCAUGGAGGACAGGUGGGGCUUUGAGGCACAGAAUGGCAAGGAGCAAGCAGGAGGAGCUUUGAAGGAGUGGAGCUACAGACAGGUGGAGCUACAGACAGGCUAAAUAAGGAUGGAUGGAUGGAUGGAUGGUAUUGUAGGAGGAGGUUAAGUGAGGAAGUUGAUGCAGCCACACUUCUUGGUGGUGUUGGCUGCCACUUCAGCUGGUUCGUGGCCCAGGUCCCAGGUUUAAAGUAAUAUUCUUUUUUAAAGGAAAGGAAAGCAAUUGCUGAAGUGUGCCUUCUCCAUGCCCUUGGAAAAGAUGGAAGAACUGAAGCUGGACUGGGUUGUGAAACGAUCUGAAGUUGGUGAGGUGGAAGGGAUUCCUCUUACAAAGGAGAUCUGUGAAAAGUGGCAUAAAAUCUGGGCUUUCCAAGCCAAGCCUGAUGACCUGCUUAUAGCAACCUAUGCAAAGGCAGGUGAGUAUGCAAGCAGGAAAGAUAGGGGGUGCUACUUAGGCACCUUUGACUUACCAGGCACAUAAUGUGACCCAAGACUUGCAGUUGUUUCCACUAGACCUUUGCAUCGAUUGGAUUCAACACACCAGAAAAUUAUCUUGCUCAAGAAGACCCAUAAACAUUUUCAAGGAGUUCAGAACCUUCUGGUGGAUUGUUCCCAUUGUACCAUAUUUUAAAAUCUCUGUUAAUGCAUUUGUGACUCAUGGAUUUGCAAACAGGACCUAUUGUUUAUAACGAAUGUGGAUGUUGCCCAUGAAAUACCUGCUUUCAGUAGAUGGUAGUAUGAUUCAUAGUGAUACGCCUUGUGAUUGCUUGUCACUGAAAGCACAUAACAUUGGACCAACAAAGGGUUCAAAAGAUAACAUUUAAUGACCCAGACAAAUUCAGGCUGAACAUGAAAGAGUUGAGGGUCUGUAAGCCAAUGCAUAAUGCGGAAGCUUUCAAACUUUAUAGCCUAUACUAUUUUUGCAAAUGCAUGUUUCAAAUCCCAAAAAAAUCUUCCUCUGCUGCUUUUCCUCCCUCCAUCCCAUAACCUCUCCCAUAUAACCUUUUCAACUUUAAAAGGGGGAUAUCAUGAAGGAUAUGUCUACAUUACGUGGACAAUAUACACAGGAAAAUAGCCAGAACUGGAUACCAGUGGCCGCUACAAGCAGCAGGCAUGUGAGGAAGGUCACGCCUUCCUGGUGGUAGGUCAUAAGGUUCAUAAGGCUUUUCUUGCAUUAUAAGGUGGGGGACAUAGCUUUAAAGUUAUACAUAUAUUCGUUAUGCAUUCUGCACUCUCAGUUGACAAAUGUAUCCUUGAUGCCCCCCAAUUUAUAUUUAUCUAAAAGCAACAUUUGUUGUUAUUUGCUCAACAAAGGUCCAUAUAGUUAAAGCUAUGGUUUUCCCAGUAGUGAUGUAUGGAAGUGAGAGCUGGACCAUAAAGAAGGCUGAUUGCCAAAGAACUGAUGCUUUUGAAUUAUGGUGCUGGAGGAGACUCUUGAGAGUCCCAUGGACUGCAAGAAGAUCAUAGCUAUCCAUUCUGAAGGAAAUCAGCCCUGAGUGCUCACUGGAAGGACAGAUCCUGAAGCUGCGGCUCCAAUACUUUGGCCCCCCCAUGAGAAGAGAAGACUCCCUGGAAAAGACCCUGAUGUUGGGAAAGAUGGAGGGUACAAGGAGAAGGGGACGACAGAGGACGAGAUGGUUGGACAGUGUUCUUGAAGCUACCAGCAUGAGUUUGACCAAACUGCGGGAGGCAGUGGAAGACAGGAGUGGCUGGCAUGAACUGGUCCAUGGGGUCACGAAGAGUCGGACACGACUAAACGACUAAACAACAACAACAACCAACAUUGAGCUAGCCAAACCAUCCGUUGCUUUUAGAUAGGAGAUGUGUGUAAUGUGGACUCUAAUAUUUUCUGGCUCCAGUCCAUGAAAAAUUAUGAACUCGUAAAUCUUUUGCCACAAGACCAAACUCUUCUUUUGUUUCUUAUUAUCAGGUACAACAUGGACACAGGAGAUUGUAGACAUGAUCCAAUGUGACGGCGACAUUGAGAAAUGCCAGCGUGCUUCCACUUAUGAUCGGCAACCUUUUAUCGAAUGGGUGCUGCACAAGAAUUUGCCCACUGGUAAGCUACAGAUCUGCAGGUUAACUUGUGUAAAGUUAUCAGAUAAAAUAUUGCUAAGAAAUUCAAAAUGAUAUCCAUAUUAUGAAAGUGUUCCUAAAGAAAAUGGAGAGGCUAAUACGACCCAGGAUUAUUUGCUGGAAUGUCAUAUUUCAUUCUGAAAGAGGCAAAGUGAGUGUCAGAAAAGGACUGUUAGGAAGUCAAUGCUUAUUUUUUCUUGUCACUCGUCUUAACUGCCAAAAGCAGAAAAUGGCUCCAUCUUCUCCUUCCCAAAGCCGUACUGUUGUUUUUUUGCCUUGAAAAAAAUUAUCAAAAAACAAAAUCACCUAAAAUAUAUCAGAAAUAGAAUAAAGAUAUGAAUGAAAAGAGAAAAAUAGAAAAGCAUUGAACAAAUUGUCCUAAGAGGAGGGUCAAAUUAGCCGUGAAGUCAUCAGUGGCUAGGAUGACUCUGAAUGUUCCAGACAACAUUCUGAGACUAGAUGAAGAUAUGAGAUCAUUUUUUUUCAAAGCCCCUGAAGGCAAAGCCCCAAGGACACUGAAAGGAGAUAAACAUUUAUGUUUUCCACUAGGCUAAGAUCUAGCAACACAUUAGCAUUGCACGUGGGUCUUGGAAAGUCUGGUCUGCAGCCCUACAAAAUGGUAUUGGAUGGAUAAUGUUAAGGCAUACUGUUGACUAACAACGGCUUGUUUCUCAGGCUUGGAUAAAGCUGAAGCCAUGCCCUCACCAAGAACACUGAAAACUCAUCUUCCUGUACAACUGGUGCCUCCGUCGUUCUGGGAACAAAACUGUAAGGUAAUGGGUUGGGCAGGAAGCUUGGCAAGCAGGUUAGCGUCAUACUAGGAUUGGGUUCAGAGAUCUCCACACAGUCAUGACACUUACUGAGUGACCUUGGGGGGCAGCUACUGUAUCUCAGCCUAACUUACCUCCACAGGGUUGUGUGAGGAUAAAAUGGAGGAAGAACCACAGAUGUCUCCUUGACUUCCCUGGAAUUGCAGUGUCCAGUUGAAUUGCAGCUGAAUAGAAUACUGGCAGGUUUCUAGAAUAUUGUAUCCCAAUCUAUGAGUAGGGAGAGCUUUCAGGGAUUCCAGUGCAUGCCCUGGAGUCGGUUUCCUUUGAAUGAAAUCACUGGACACUGAUGGCGUUUCUGUAAAAUCAGAAUUUAUUUACAGAUAUAUACAGAGGCUGAGCAUAAUUAACACUCCAACAUAUCCUACUUCUCUAUUAGGUUUUCCAGUACGGCUCCCCAAUGCCAUAGCACUGGAUUCUCAUAGAGAGCAGGUCAGGUCUCUGUGUCCCUUUCCGUCUCAGUGCUAUUGUCCUCUUUUCCUUUCUUUCUUUUUCUUUCUCACAUACCCUCCAACAUUUCUCCAAUGAAAACAGGGUUGCCCUAUUCAAUAACAGCAACAAUAACAAGAAUAAUAUUAUUUAUACCCUGCGCCUCUGACUGGGUUGCCCCAGCCAUUCUGGGCAGCUUUCAACAUACAGUGGUACCUCAGGUUACAAACGCUUCUGGUUACAAACGCUUCAAGUUACAGACUCCGCUAACCCAGAAGUAGUACCUCGGGUUAAGAACUUUACCUCAGGAUGAGAACAGAAAUUGUGUGGCAGCGGCGCAGCAGCAGUGGGAGGCCCCAUUAGCUAAAGUGGUACCUCAGGUUAAGAACGGACCUCUGGAAUGAAUUAAGUUCUUAACCAGAGGUACCACUGUAUAUAAAACAUAAUUAAGCAUUUUUUAAAAAUAAACUUGCCUAUACAGGGCUGCCUUCAGAUGUCUUCUAAAGGUUGUAUAGUUACUUAUCCCCUUGGCUCGGAGGCUGCAUAACUGCAUACCCUCUGAUGAAAAUAGGGAUGUCCUGAGGAAAAGCGGGACAUUCCAGGACCAAAUAAGAAAUUGGGAUGGCUUCUGUAAAUCCAGAACUAUCCCUGGAAAAUAGGGACACUUGGAGGCAAUAUAGGGGAACAUGAGACAGAUACCAGUAAAAUGAUGUAAUUCAUGUUUAAGAACAUAAGAAGAGCCAUGUUGGAUCAAACCAAAGGCCUGUCUGGUACAGCAUCCUGUUCUCAUCCAGAUGCCUAUAGAAGCCCAAGAACAGGAAAUAAUAACAAUAGUCCUCUCCUGCUGUUGUUCCCCAGAGACAAGUAUUCAGAGACAUACAGCCUCUAAUAUGGGAUACCAUCCUGACUAGUAGCCAUUGAUAGCCUAAACCUCAAUGAAUUUGUCUAGACCCCUUUUAAAGUUGUCAAAGCUGGCGGCCAUCACUGCAUCUGGUGGGAGCAACUGCCAUCAUUUAACUAUGCACGGUUGUGAAGAGGCAUUUUCUUCUGCCUGUCCUCCUGAGUCUUCCAAAAUCGAACUUCACUGGACGGUCCUGUGUUCUAGUAUUAUGAAAGUGCACUUGCACUUUCUCCACUGGUGAAUAAUGGUCUCUUCUCACUUCUAUACCCACCGCAGGUCAUCUACGUGGCAAGAAAUGCCAAAGACAAUCUAGUGUCUUUUUAUCACUUCCACAGAAUGAAUCAAAUGAUGCCUGAGCCAGGAACAUGGGAGGAAUUUUUUCAGAAAUACAUGGAUGGAAAAGGUGAACGGAAUGCUUUGUGCCAUGAUUUCUACAUUUCUUUUUUUAAAGAACUCAAUCAUUUAUCUAUGUAUUUUAAAUUCAAGGAGCAAACUGAUAAUGGGAAGUUAAAAACUUUUUGCCAAACACUGCACAUGGCUCCUUUCUAGUUAGAAGGGGGAAAACAGACUCAAGCUUCAUUCAGACAAGAUGCAACUGCUGCUGCAUAUAAGAACAGCUUCUGAUCUGGGAAUAAGAGCGCAAUCUGUUUUAGAUGGGAUUGAUUUAUGAGCCAAGGGAAGAAGCUGGGAUGAGUGGAGCAUAAGGCAUCCUGUUUAGGAAAUCUCCUGCCUGUUCCUCAUUCCGGAAGGGAAUGUGCCCCUCGGUCCAUUUUACUACAGUCUUGAUGUUCAGGAAAUUAUCUUUUUUAUUCAGGAAAUUAUCUUUUUUAUUUAGGAAAAAGUUGCCAAGCUUGAGCACGCUAAAUGUUCUGAGUUUGGGUGUGAUUUGACAGUUGUUCCAUCAUAACAAACUCUGAUCAUAGCAGUUAUCCAGCUUAGUCCCCUGAAUUGGUGUUGUCUAACCAAGACCUGGGAAUAAAUUAACUAUUUUUUAUUUAUUUAUUUUAAAUUGUCUUUCCUGUCAUUGUAGACAUGGAACUGUUUGGCUCCAGUGAAUUUUCUUCUGUCGUGAACAAGCUGACAUAUAUUUUGUAAAUCCGUGACAUGUCCUUGUUUAAGUUUAUUGUCUCUUUAGUCUGUGAUAUGAAAUUCUUCCUUAAGCUGUUUAAUUCAUUUUUAUCCCUUAGUGCUCUGGGGUUCCUGGUAUGAUCAUGUAAAAGGCUGGUGGGAGGCGAAAAAUAAGUACCGGAUUCUUUACCUCUUCUAUGAAGAUAUAAAAGAAGUGAGUGUUUAUUUUUAGGCUUCAGACCACAAACGAGUUAACACCAAACUACAGGGAUUUAAAGCUAAGAUUGACUUAGUAUAGUAAACAUGUGCAGGAUUGCAUUGUUGGUUAACAAUCGGUUUAUUUUCCUAUUCCUGGUUAAUUCCUGGAUUUAAUUCCCUCCCUUUCCACAGAAUCCCAAGUGUGAAAUUCAGAAGAUCCUGAACUUCCUGGAGAAGGACCUGGAAAAGGAGGUUCUAGAUAAAAUAAUCCAUUACACACAAUUCGAAGUCAUGAAAAAUAAUCCCAUGGCAAACUACACCUUUUUGCCUCCAGAGAUCCUGGACCAUUCAAUCUCCCCAUUCAUGAGAAAAGGUGCUACUGGGGGCAGGGGCCAUUGUUUUUUCUACAGGGGUGCCGCUCAGGGAGCAGAAGGCCUGAGUCUUUUGCACUAUGGUCCUGAUCUCCUGCCCUUUCCCCUCCUUUUGAAAAACCUUUUGUGGAACUCUUGUCUGGGUGCAAUUCAGUGGGACUCCAAUCACAGGUCAGCCUUAUCUGUUCUCUAGUGGUGUGUUGAUCUGUGCUUGCUGGAUAUUGUGUGUACAGGCAAUCCUCUUUUUGCAGGGGGCUUCUGUUCCAGACCCUAGCACACAUCAGCAGAGCAUGCGUAAGCCGGUUCCGCCAUGCUCCAACCUGUUCUGCCCCUUUUAAUUACAUCUUUCUGACGUUUGGGGGAUACUUUCAGGUUUGGUGCCGUGCGUGUGUGCGUGAUCGCCCAUCAUUUGGACACACCUAAAUUGAGAGUUUCCUGUGCUGAUGGUAUUGAAUGGGGACAGAAGACUUGUAAGCACAUGCAAUAGUAGCUAGAUGGUGUGGGGAGGCAGAACUGCACCUGAGAGAGAGGAGCUGUAUUAAAUGUCUAACAAGACUUGCUUUAGUUUUAAUAUGUACAUAAGCAGCAGUUCUCUCCAAGCAUAUGAAGAUGUGUGUUGGGGACUGUGCCCCGAGUUUUUUAAAGGCCUAGUAAUACUCCUGUUUUCCAGGAUUAAAUCAUUUUUCCUAUGUGGCGCUGUGGUCUAAACCACUGAACCUAGGGCUUGCCGAUCAGAAGGUCAGCGGUUCCAAUCCCCGCGACAGGGUGAGCUCCCAUUGCUCAGUCCCUGCUCCUGCCAACCUAGCAGUUCGAAAGCAUGUCAAAGUGCAAGUAGAUAAAUAGGUACCGCUCCAGCGGGAAGGCAAACAGUGUUUCCGUGUGCUGCUCUGGUUUUUCCACAUAACCCGGAAAAACUGUCUGUGGACAAACACCGGCUCCCUCGGCCAGUAAAGCGAGAUGAGCGCUGCAACCCCAGAGUCAUUCGAGACUGGACUUAACUGUCAGGGGACCUUUACCUUUACCUUUAAUGGUAGUUUGUUCCCAAUAGUUGUGGGGUUUUUUGCUAGUAUCUUUCAAAUUUGUGACCUUUGAACAGUAGAAUUAAUUUUUUUAAGUGAAACUGAAUAUUCUCUGUCUUUGGCUUUCUCUGCUCUAGGAACUGUUGGGGACUGGAAGAACCAUUUUACUGUGGCACAAAAUGAGAAAUUUGAUGCAGAGUAUAAAAAGAACAUGGCAGGAACUUCUCUGACUUUCCGCAUGGAACUUUAAGCAGGAACAGUGUAAACUCUAUUAUCCUCUUAGUACGUUACAUUAUUAAAAACACAACCUUAUAGAAUACACAUUUGCCUGAGAACAAGCCUGAUUAAACUCGGUAUAGCUUAAUUCUGAGAAGACAUGCAUAGGAUUGCACCGCAAAAGUCUUAAUCCAUCACACUUUCUUGUACAAUUCCUUUUAUACUUGCUGGUCUUCAUUAUCUUCUUCAAUAUAAAGUAUAUUGUGGCAAUCAUUUCAACCUAAAAUGUGAAUUGAAGAUGGAGCUAUGCUGAUUGACACCCCACCCCACCCUCUCAG